CUUGGCAGGAUCAGACACCAGGGAAGACAUCACAGUAAAGCAGCCGAUAAUAUGUAAAAGUAACCUCUCUAUUUCUAGACCAUAUUUGUUUACAAUGAUGUGUCCAGGUGCGAACAGUUAUGGCUCGGAUUUUGCUGCACUUGACUUCGACUUUGACUGCGAUGAUGCUGUGCCUUGCAUAUUGUGUAAUCAAAUGUUCACUGUGAUGAAGGAUGAACAGCCAUUGUUGCGGCACUUAUCAAUAGAACACAAGUUUACCAUUGGAGCUGUGGAGCAAGUGGCGGAUCUCAGACAGUAUGUUCUUUACUGGGGCAAACUUCGGGAUUUGGAAUUGCAGGAUUAUUGUGUUGUUAUUAAUACUAACAGUGAACCAGGUGCCAAAGGACCAGUUGAAACAUUUUAUCUUCUAUGUAACAAACUACCUGAAGACAACAAGUUACGUUUGGCUCUCAGCCAUAUGAAAUUGAAGUACAUAGUUGAGCAGAAAGAAAAAGAGCGCAGUGAUAUAAGCUUCUCCCGUAAGUGCAUUUACUGCAGUGAAACUGUAACAGGAGGUGUUACCAACUGUUUCCACCACCUCACCUUUCAGCAUGGAUUCUCUGUGGGUAACCCAGACAACAUAAUUUAUGGUGCCAAGCUUUUAGAUCUUCUAGAAGAAAAGUUACAUAAGUUGCUGUGUUUAUACUGUGAAAAAACAUUUAAAACGCAUAAAGUAUUGCGCGAACACAUGCGUAAACUUCAGCACCGUCACUUAAACCCAAAAAAUAAGAUUUAUGACAAGUUUUAUCUCCGAAACUACUUGCGGCCGGGUACUCCAUGGGAAGAGGCCAAGCGUGACCUUGAUGUAGAAAGUGACACAGAGAGUUUCAGUGGUGAUAGAGGAGAGAGAAGCCACCAUGAUGAAUUGCUUUGGACAGACUGGCGGGAGGAUGAUACACUUCCAACUACCUGUCUUUUUUGCCAUUUCACAACAACUAAGGUACCUAAUGGACUCUUUCAUCAUAUGAGGGUUCACCACAAGUUUGACUUCGAAUACAUCACCAAAAAAUUCAGCUUUUAUCAGCAAGUCAAGAUUGUCAACUUCAUAAGGUUAUGUAUGGUUGAACAUAGGUGUGUGAGAUGUCAAGUAGUGUUUGCCACAUCAGAAAUUCUGCAGCAUCACCUUUCAGGAUCAGAUCACUGCAAGCUGCCUGAUAGGCGUGUAUGGGAUCUCCCUAGAUAUCACAUCCCAGUAUUUGAAAAUGAUGGUCUGCUAUGCCAUUUAGAUGACAAUGAAAUGCAUGAUGCAGAGACUGGAAGCUGCUGCUCACCUCAGGAUGAUGUUAUGGUUGUUCCAGAAGACAUUUUACCACAUAGCAACUCGAUACUAAAAGACUCGAGACUGAGGGAAGAAAUAAAUGGGAUGGACAGUGGAGAUGUGUAUGGUUCUGUGAUGUGUUUAUUUUGCUUGUACACAGCAUCUGGAGACCAUGCUCAUGUGCAGGUCUACAGUCACAUGCGAUCUCUGCAUUGCUUUGAUUUUACUGAAGUAAUGAAGGAGCUCUCAUUUUAUAACCAAGUGAAACUCAUCAACUAUAUCAGAUGGAAGACAGCAAAAAGUGAGUGCUACUUCUGUGGGCAAGUGUUCAGCAGGACAGAUUCAAUGGAGGAGCACCGAGUCUUAGCCAAUCACAUCACUCUUCCAGAUUCAGAGUUAUAUGAAGACAAAAGAUGGUUGCAACCUAUUUUGGAGGAGGAUGGUCUACUUCAGAGACUUCGUGAAGCUGGAGACUCGGACGAUGAAGACCCCGACCAUCCUGACUCAAGUCGUGAUGAAGUUGUGUUCAGUGAGGAGGUUAACCUGCCACCAUCCAUUCUUAGUGACGAGGCUGUGCGGAAGGAACUGUUGGAAAACGUGCAUCCCCAUCUUUCAGUGUUAUUUACAGAAGAUGACUGAAGGAAUAAUUUUAAAGACUAAAGGUUAAUAUAUUUUCUGAUGUUGGUUCCAGUUUAGUAAAGAAAAAAUACAUACAUUUACAGCAAAGUAUUUGUUUUUAAACAUAAAUCCACAUUUCAUGAGGUACCUCACAAUUUCAUAAAUUUAUGCAGAUAAAUAAGCUUACUUUCUUUUCUUGCUUGCAAAUCUGUUAGACGAAGGAAUAUUAAUGAGGCCACUAUUAGACAUUACAAGUUUAUUUCCACCUUUAAUUUCUUACUUGACUUGGGGUUUAUUAAAGAUUAUUAGAUGGUAAUUGCAGUGGAAGCGCCCCUUAGUGAGAAAUCCUGAACCAGCACAAGAGCACUUAACU